GAGGCCUGCCGUGAGUUGUGCCUGCCCUGAAAGUGACGAUGCUUACACCGGCAUUCACCAUAUCUCAGGAUGAAGAGUUUGUUACUGUCGUAAUAAAAUGUCCCUAUAUAAAGGCACAAGAAGUAGAAUUCUUCAUUAAUGACACAGAGUUCAAGUUUUAUGUGAGACCAUAUUUCCUACGACUCACAUUUCCCGCAUCCAUUAUCGAAGAUGGGCGAGAGAAAGCAUCGUAUAAUGUCGAUCGAGGAGAAAUCACUGUCCUUCUGCCCAAAGCAACACGCGGAGAGGAGUUCCCGGAUCUGGAUUUGAUCACUAAGCUUAUGGCCUCCAAAAGCGGUCCACCUGGCCCAGACUUCAGAUUAUCAUCUGAAGGACGAUCCGUUGAGCAACUUGCACCACCUCGGGAUAGCCAGAAGCCGCUGAUUGAGGUUAUAGGCGAAUCUCCCGUUCUUGAAACUGAUGGGAAUCAAGCCGAUAGUAUGAUAUCUGAUGAAAUUGAGGAAGAGUUCAAUUGGGAUUACCCGCAGGAGGUUCCUCUGCAGCCCGAACUGCAAACAGGAGCGCGGUACGGGUUCAACAAUGCGUAUAGCGGAUACGGAACACAUGUGGAGCAUCUUACCCAGGAAAUCCUGGACAUCACCCAUAUUGAUACAUCUACGCCCUCUACGAGGAAGGAAGCGAGAAUAGCGAGAGAAGAUGCUAAAUUUGACGACGAAUAUUUUAUGGCCGAUUUUGUAAACGAUGAAGAGAUUCAGAGAUUGAUCAAAUUCAGACCAGAUUUCUGGAAAGCCUUGAAACGGAUUCAGAAAGCAAAGUCCUCUGCCGAUCCGGGCAAUUCGGCGACCGCGCCGGUAUCCACACCUGAGGGUGAACAAAAUUUCAGCGAGUCUGCACCAGGACCAUCACCAGCAUCAGCCAUCGAUAGCCCUUGGUUAACGUUUACAGAGGAGGAGCAAGAGCGUAUGCGUCAGCUUCCGAAUAAAGAAUAUCUUCUCGACAAUGGGCGCGCCAUUUACCUCGGUCUAGUCGAUAUCGUGUAUGCGUACUGUUACAAUUAUCGCACCACAGAAGGUGAAAGCACGGUUGAAUCCCCAUGGACCAUCGCUAAAUUAAGUUCGACUCUAUCGUGCUUCGAUACCUUUUCGACCCUCCGCGAAACCCUCAUUGCGAGUAUUCGACGAACCCUGGCAUACCCGCUUCACAGGCAUUUCGCAUUAUCACUCCGUUGCAUUGAGGACACUGCUAUCCUCUUCAAGCUUGGAAAGCGUGCAUUGUUGAAAGUUCUUUUAGAAGUGAACGCACUCAUUGGAAGAGACGAUCGGAUGUACGUAUUGAGUACAUUGUGGUUGACGGAUUAUUGUGUAUGGAUACAGAGGGCAAACGAUAAAAUGCUGCAAUCGUUAGCGAGCGAGCUUAACCACAUCAGCAUAUCGAAACAGGAGACUGGAUGGCCAUUGGAAGAGUUGGAGCAAGUCGCGCAAGAAGUGACGGCAGAGCUGGAUGAAGAGGAACGAGAUUCAGACAGCAUGGAGCGAUCAUACCUCUCUUGACGAUUGAUCUUGUACCGCUAUCAUAAAUUAUACAUGUUACGUUCCAUACUCCCAGCGGGGAGCAUAGAAUGAUGAACGCCACAUAUUUUCUUAGACUUCCAUUUUACUAAUAUAAACUAUACAAAAGACUCAGAUCUAAAAAAUAUACAUAAGGAAC